AACCGAAAAUGAACACAGAAUUGAAUUCAUUGAUUCGAGAGAGUAAGAGAGAAACGAACGAUGGGUGAAUACGAAUUCGAAGAAGAGAGAAGAUACGAACAACCAGAAGGAGAAGGAGAAGAUAACUAUCACAAUGAUUCCUCUCCGCAACCACCUGCCGCCGCUGAUGAAGAUCUCACCGACUCCAAAUCUAACCAUGUUUCUCGUGAUAAUGACAGAGAGUCCUCCAAAAGUAGGGAAAAGGACCGGGAGAAUGGGAGAGAAAGGGAGAGAAAAAGGGAAAAGGGAAGAGACAGGGAUAGAAGCAGGGACAGGGAUAGUGAGAAAAGUAGGGACAGAGAGCGGGAGAGAAGCAGGGACAGGGUUAGAGAUGGGGAGAGAAGCAAGGACAGGGGAAGAGAUGGCGAGAAAAGCAAAGACAGGGAACGUGAUCGGGAUGGGGAGAAGGAAAGGGACAGGGACCGUGACCAUCAUCAUAGAGAUCGACACAGGGAUCGUAGUGAGAGAAGGGUAAGGGAUAGAGAUGACGAUGAUUAUUACAGAAGCCGAGGCUAUGACAGACGAAGGGAUUAUGAUCGAGAGGAUAGGCAUAGGAGUAGGCGCAGGUCUCGAUCUAGAUCAAGGUCAAGGGCUCGAUCUGAGCAUAGAUCAAGGUCACGUUCUCGUUCACGCUCAAAAAGCAAAAGGACUAGUGGUUUUGAUAUGGCUCCCCCUGCUUCUGCGAUGUUGCCCGGUGCUCCUGUUGUUGCAGGUCAGAUAACUGGGGCAAAUCCUGCAAUUCCUGGAAUGUUUCCAAAUAUGUUUCCACUGGCUACAAAUCAGGUUCAGCCAUUUAGUGCUCUUCCUGUCUUGCCAGUUCAAGCUAUGACACAACAGGCUACACGACAUGCUAGGCGGGUGUAUGUUGGGGGCCUCUCUCCUACAGCUAAUGAGCAGUCAGUUGCAACUUUCUUCAGUCAGGUUAUGGCUACAAUUGGAGGAAACACUGCUGGUCCAGGUGACGCAGUUGUGAAUGUUUACAUUAACCAUGAUAAGAAGUUUGCCUUCGUGGAAAUGAGGUCCGUUGAGGAAGCCAGCAAUGCAAUGGCUUUGGAUGGAAUUAUUUUUGAGGGUGCACCAGUGAAGGUCAGGAGACCUACUGAUUAUAAUCCUUCUCUAGCUGCCGCCCUAGGACCAAGCCAGCCUAACCCAAACCUUAAUCUGGGCGCAGUUGGGCUAUCACCUGGGUCUGCUGGGGGACUUGAUGGUCCUGAUCGGAUUUUUGUUGGUGGAGUUCCUUAUUACUUCACUGAAACACAGAUCAGAGAGCUUUUAGAAACUUUUGGUCCUCUUCGGGGUUUUGAUCUAGUGAAAGAUAGGGAAACAGGGAAUUCAAAGGGUUAUGCAUUUUGUGUUUAUCAAGAUCUUGCAGUUACAGAUAUUGCCUGUGCAGCUCUCAAUGGAAUAAAAAUGGGUGAUAAGACUCUUACAGUUAGACGAGCUAAUCAAAAUACAAACCCAAUGCAGCCUAAGCCUGAGCAAGAGAGCAUUUUAAUGCAUGCACAGCAGCAGAUUGCUCUGCAGAAACUUAUGUUACAACCAGCAUUGGUGGCAACAAAGGUGCUGUGUUUAACUCAUGCAGUUUCUCCUGACGAGCUCAAAGAUGAUGAGGACUAUGAAGAGAUUCUGGAUGAUAUGCGACAGGAAUGCUCCAAAUUUGGUAAUCUGGUGAAUGUGGUGAUCCCUCGCCCACGACCCGAUGGAGAACUGUGCCCUGGAGUUGGAAAGGAAAUAAUGGCGUGAUUCAUGCAGUCAAUCUCACCUAGCAAACAAAGCUUUUGCUGUUGUUUUUUUUGUUAUAUAAAAAUUUGAUAAAUUAUUUGGAUUUAAUUUAUAUACAAUACAAUACAAUGUUGGUGUAAAAAAGUUUUUACCCUUUCAUCCAAAACGAGUAUGACAAUUCAUUUGUUUAACUCAAUAAUUGAUGUGGGUUGCACAUUAUUGGAUGCAUAUGUAAUCUUUUUUUACACCGACCAUGUAUAUAAAUUAAACUCCUUUUUUUAUUGCCAAUGCUGCAUUAUUUAUUUUGAAAAAAUAAUGGGUAUUUGUCAUAAAAUUAUUUAUGAAAAAUGAAAACAUUAAGUUAAUUAUUUUCUCAUGAAUGUGCAUUUUUUUGGGGGGCAAUAUUCAAUAAAUUGUGGCUGUGAGAACCUAUUUUGUACUUGUUGCAGGUAUUUUUGGAAUAUGCUGAUGUUGAUGGUUCUACAAAAGCCCGUGCUGGUCUUAAUGGAAGAAAAUUUGGAGGGAAUCAAGUAGUAGCUGUCUUCUAUCCGGAGAACAAAUUUGCUCAGGGUGAUUAUGAAGGCUAAUGGUGUUUGUGUUUGGAUUAUUGUAUCUUCAUUGAAGAUUUAUUUGCAGGGAUUAUUAUAUUUUGUAUUAGUGAUGAGUUAUUGGGGUAUACUACAGAAUUGUUCUAUUCAGCUGGAGUAGCACAUGGAGAGUUUGUUAAUAGGUUUAUUCUAUACAAUACAAUAGAUCUAUGUUGUCGCUUGAGUUAAGUUUGUUUUGAAGUAGACUUCAUAUACUGUUUGUUAAUCUAGGGUUUGUGCAAUAUUGCACACUUUAAUGCAA